AUGGCCGCGUGCCGGCUGCAACCAGGAACGUUCCUGGGUCCUGUGCUGCUGCCAAUGCCCAGAGACUGCAGCCUGGUGCCUGCCCGCUCCAGAAAAAGCUCGCGAGAUAGUGUAGCAGCCACGUUUCAGGGAUUAUGGAAAGUCACAACACACAUCUGGCACCAGCCUUCACCCUUAACGACCUUGUUCCAGCACCAGCGAAUGUGGUUGUUCUCCCGGGCCCAUUGGGGCCUUGCCUUUGGGGGACCCACACAGCCUCUACCAGGUGUCCUCCCAUCAGGGGAACCACCUCUCCCUGUGUGGCCUGAAGAACCCCGGAAUCCACUCCGCUCUUGGGGAUUCGCCCUUCCCACCAGAGCACCGCCAGAUCUCUGUCAGCAGAGAGAACAAUGCCAGGAGGUCUGGAGAAGGAGUGUCAUCGAUGCAUUUAGAAAAUCGCCAGCAACGCUUCAAGUCAGCCUCGCAGGAAGCUUUGGAAGAGUCAGAAGUCUUGCUCACCCCACUGUGCCGCUAGCAGCAGAAGCAGUGGGAAGGGUGUUCUCUGAGCUGCCCUGGACAUUCAAAACAUCUUUCUGCACAUCAUGGCCUUGUCUAAUUCCAAGAAAAUAUGGGAAUUUAUUGAAAAUUUCAAGCAGGAAAAGAAACUCAACAUUCUGGGUGGUAGGCAAGAGCCUCCCUCGAUGUGACUGCAGGGAGCAAAUUCAGUCAUCUUGCACCAGAAACACUGGUUUUGCCUGCGCACCUUGGGGCUUGGACCUUGGAUGGCCUGGGGAGGAUGAAGAAGUGACAGCCUUUUCACUUCUGUGUGAGCAACGUGGAACCUUUGGACAGGUGACCGGGACUCCUCCCUCAGGUGUGUGUAUUCUCACGAGUGCCCUGAUCCCUGCCUCGGAGGAAGAACACGAGUCCAGAGCGACGACAGUCUCCUCGGGAGGAAUGCUGGUUCAGACACUGAAUCCCAAUGACCUAAGUGAGAAAGGACGGCACUUAAUGGAACUAUGGUCUGUGCACAAAACAAAGUUUAUUGUAGCAUGUACAUUGAUUCGGAUCCUAGUAGUUGACGGCAGGCCCUGCAAAGUUCCUGGCACAGCGGGAGUCCUCUUCAUGAGGGGCCAGGCGUGGCCGUGCUCAGACCAGGGAGGACCUUCAUCGUGCUCCUGGGAGAAGCCACAGAGGCUGCCAGCUCUCUUCUCAGUGUUUCUCAGGCCCACAGAAGAAUUGCCGAGGGCUGGCGACCAUCCGAACAGGAAGGAGCCUGGCAGAGGCGUCCCUGCCCCGCACGGCUCAGAGAGAGUAAGGAUGGUGAGAGGUCACUCCUCCCUCCUGUGGGCAGCCCUUGGCUCACCGGCCACAGAUGUCACAGCAGUGACUGGGUUCCCUGUGCUCACUUUGGAGGGCGUGCAUGUUCAGUUCUGGAGCACUGAAAGGCAAGGGUCCAGAUCUCUUACCUGAUCUUAACAGAAACUACAGUCAUACACUUCGAAAAGCCCCAUCUGUAACUUCCACGUUGACAUUCUUGCCCUUAAACUCAACUGGGGGGGCUCCCUCAUUGUCUGUGAAGCUGCCGGCACCCAUCAGCUCCCGUCAUUGGUGCCGUCUGUCUCUGAAGGCCUCCCUGCCCAGUGCUCCCCCACUCCACCUCUGUCCUCCGCGUGCCCCGAGUAUGUCCCGCUUUUGCUCGCUGAUCUGCGGACCGUUGCUGGUGGAUUACUUCUCAGGCCUCGAAAUCCUGAUGUUUCAAAGAGCCAUACUUCUUCCCAGUUUUCCCGGGAAUAAACCAGUCUCUCAUUACAAAA